AAAAAAAAAGAAAAGAAGAAAAAGUGUGGUGGGAGGGGUACAACAGUAAAACUGCACCGCCCAGCAGCAGCACAAAAAAGUUUUGGAAAGUCCUGACAUCCUUUACACCGCUGAACGCAACCGUACGGUCUCCCGUGGAUUAUAUCCCAGAGCCAGCGUUAUUCAAGAAAAACACCUAAUCUAUCACUGCUGCUCUGCCACCAGGCAAGGACAAUUCAACCUCUGUACGAUUCCGUUCACAUCCUCCAGAGACCCCCGACUCAGCUCCUAUACAAAACCAAACACCUAAAACUGAGCAGAGAUGGAGGGCUACACGACGUGGUUUGUCCUGCUCCUGUGCAUCACUGCUGCAGCCUCUGCCUCAAGUCAGACAUGUGUUCCAAAGGAGGUUAAUGACAACCCGUGGGUCUAUGUGAGAGAGAUGCAAAUUGGCUGCUGGACCAGCUUCAUCACAGAGGACAAGGCAGAGGUCCACAUCCUUAAUCUGAACUUUGCCCCCACGGAUGUGAAAAUGUUCACUCUGGAGAUGACCAACGCCAAACCAAUGAAUCUUAUCCUCACAUCUCAAGACACAGCCUACGGGCUACACAACAUCAAUGCAGAUGUCAACAUCUAUAUAAACAAUGCCUCCACACUCGGCCUUCACGCUAAUCAGCAUCACAGCAACGUCCACAGGGAAGACUUCCCCACACAAAGUAAGGAGGAGCUGGUCGCGUGGGCAAGGCACAAGUUUGGAGGCGUGACGUCAUUCACCACCAUCCAAAACCUGAAAAAUCUCACGGUGACAGCAACGAAAGGAACCAAACCUGGCUCUCCUCUCUGCGUUCUAAAAAAUGAAGACACCUCGGAGAAGAACUUCAUCAGGAUCGAAACAGCACCUUUGGCUUCGUCCUUAAAAUCUUGCUUCCCGCAGCUGAGGACCCCCGCUGCUGAAGCUGAGCUCCACAUCAUCAACAUCCCAGAGGAUGUGGGCAUACGCAGCAAUGUAUCCCUUCGCAUUGACGCUAAGAAGACCAAGGUGUUUCUGAGAGGACCUCAGGGCACCACAUGGACCCUCCUCAAUCCCCAGCACACCCAGUUUGGUUCCAACAACCAGAUCCUGCUCCCCUCCAUGACGCACAUCAUCCCACCUUUAUUUACCCUGAGCAGUGACGGUGCAGAAGAUGUGCAGGGGAAAGCGCUGGAACACUUCAAAGCCGCCACUUUCACCAGCUACACUGAACUCAGACCAGAGGAUUCUGUGGUUCUACUGGUUCUUGGGAAAAAGGACAAUGCAGCAGUUCCAGAAACAGUACCAGAAACAGUCACUCCAGGCUCAACUAAUGCCCCUACUCAGAUGCCUCUGAUGAUGCAGCUUUACGCCUCCCCAGACUACCGCUCCCCGCUCGACCCCAACACCAAGGUGCAGAGUGACAAGAGGAUUUAUGCAGAGAUUUCAGGGCACACGUUUGGAGGCAUUGUCCUGACCAUCAAGGUGAUCAGCUGCUUUGUGAGCUCUAAAGGCCAGUGUCCAGUAAAGAAGGAGCUGCCCUUCAUACCAGAGACGUGCUCCUUAAGCUCCUGUCCCAACAGCACCCGACUCAGCUUCUCCUUAGAUCAGCUGCAGGAGCUGGAGUCCACCACGUGGGACCUGGAGUGCUCCGUCAAACUCUGUCACAGUGAUAAAUGCGGAGCUGGAGGAAGAGUGAAGAGGAAUCUGGAGGUGACCCAGCCGUGUCUGCCACCACCGACCCCACCCUGCUUUGAUUUCGGCCUACCCGGUGUCCUGGGCAUUGCAUUUGGAGGCUUCCUGAUUGGAGUUUUGCUUAUUGGAGCACUGUGGUUCAUCAAAAUUAAAACUGGGUAUCCAACUGGACUGGACAUCAGCUCAACUGCAGUGAAUCUCCCUGGAUGUCCCUGCUCAGGAGCAAAACGCCAACCCGUUUCUAACAACCCUUCCCCCUCUGAGAACAGCAGCGCCAACGCUAGCAUCGGAAGCACCCAAAGCACACCGACCAGCAGCAUGGCAUGAGAUCAUGAUCAUCUCCACAAGCAGCAGGGCCACCAUCUCCCUUCAAAGUCACCUAUAUGGGUUUUGUGCUUUCAUUUUCUUGAAUAAUGCUUAAAAAAAAAGCAUUUCUCCCUCCAAUGCCCCUUUUCAAAUUCAUAUUAAAAAGAGCACAACCCACAUCUUCGACACACAAACGGCUGUGAUCUGGGAGAAUGUGAUGGUGAAAGAAAGGGGGGGUGCUACGGAUAACAGCAGUCUGAUCAAUGGCUUCUGACGUUCACCUCCGUAGCCUCUCUGUAAAAUCAAGCUCCAACACAGGAAGUUAAAGAGGGCAAGAGAAAAAAGAAAUUGGCUCCCAAGCAACAGGAAAAACAAACCAUAUCCCCCCAAGAGCUAACAGGAAAUUCACUACAUUCCUUUCAAUGAAUUGUGCUUGUGUGAUGGCAGCACAAUAAUAGUCAGACAGGAGACAAACCAGUCAGAAGGCUGACUUUGAAAAACAGAUGAAAAGCUGUUUUGAAUUCACAUCUGAGCUACCAGAAUACGAUGGGCUAUUGUCAAGGUCAGUCUAAAAAGUUAUCAGCCAUGUCUCUGGGACCACAAAGAUCAAACCAGAUGCUCUGAUCAAAGGGUGUUUGUCUUAAUUGGCGUUCGAGGUCAACAGUUUAACAGCUACCUCCUAUUUUUGUUAAGAAGUCCGGAGCUAAGUUUGUAGUUAGCUCUCGAUUUUUCUGGUGAAUUAAUCUUGUUUUCUGCCUUUUUGUCUUGUUGUUACUUUAGGUAACUGUUCUAGCUGACCACCUGGGUCAUCUGUAGCUCACAAAACAAAGUGAUGGUGCCAUUUUAUGCUAUGCAAUAGCUGUACCUUUUGAUCCCCCCAGUGUUUAUUAAAAUAGACAGAAAUGUACUUGACUUUCUGAAGAACCCGACAAAGCCGAUCCCAAGUCUCUUUUAUGCCUUAAAGGUAGCAUCAAACUAUAAAUGAUUCAAUCAUACUUGUGUUUGCCAAAUCAGAAAUACAGUCACAUGUGAGUAGAUACAUGCAGCACAACUCUGAACAUCAUUUUUUUCAAACCUAGGACUGAUACAGCUACACACCAGGGUGGAGAUUCCCCAAAAUAGUCUUUCUGGAGGUGAAAUUCCAGGACUUUUUCUUUUGCAUCAUGUCCGUUUUCUUCAGAUUCUUAAAUAAAGCCAUCAGUUUAAUGUACUGUGAUCAGAAACCACAUAAAAAGGACCUUUAUGUAUUGCAUUCAAGGGUUUAUAGGCCAGUAUAACCACAACCCUGUACAUGUACUCGCUGCUGUAAAAGGUGUUAAAACCUCGACUUUGUCUUCAUUUGAGGAGAAAGUCUUGACAAGUCUUGACAGCCCUUAUACUUGGUGUCUUUUCAUUCACAAUGUAGCAAGCCACUCGAGUUCUGAGAUGAAUGCAACAGAAGGAAAAUAAUCAUCAGAGUUCUUAUUCAUGUUACGGAUCACCAACACAGUCACAGCUUUUGCUUCAACAAAAGAAGUUAUCCUUGAUCCCUGCUACACCGUGAAGAGUUGCUACCUCGAUGAAACCAAACUCCUAGAAACUUUUUCCUCAGGGGGGAUUUUUUUUUAGGUACCAAGAGCCUGAAAUAUUCCAUAAUGAAAUUCACAUUUAAUUAGCAGUUGUCACGCAGAAGGAAAUGAAAUCUGUGAGAUUAACGGCAAAUGUUUGUUUUAAACAAAUGGGCUAGAAAAGCCAAUUUUCCAGUUGAAAACUGGCAGACUCAUACGUUUGGACUGUAAAUAGGUAAUUAUGAUAUAUCUAUAUACCUAACCCCCUUUUGUUGAACUUGUGAAUUUCCUUUAAAAGUCACCAGCUCAGAAAACAGUAAACGUGGACCCUAUGACAUAACCAUUGACAAAAUUCUCUAUACUCGCAUGGCAGCCUUUUCCCUCUUGACGUCAUAACAACUGAUUAUAUGUUCUCAAUUGAUCAGCAACUGAAAAGACAAUGGAAAGUCAAACUAAGGGGAAUCAUAGGGCCAUAUUUAUAUAGGAGUAAAUUCCUCACUUACAUCACCAUAAGCUACGUCAGGGUUAGCACGUUAGCUUACCAAAAAGGUAGAUUUUAGGAAUCUUAUCUUACAUUAGAGACAAGCUUAAAUCCAUCACAGUAUAAAGUAAUGUGAACUGGGAAGAAAGGCUUUUCCUUGUGGCUCAAGGAACUCUUUCCAACUGUAAUGUUAGCUAGAUAGUAGUAGAAUAGUAGAAUGCUAACAUUAGCUGUUGUCCAAUGUACCUGGUUUGAAUGAAAAUACAUCCCAAUGUCAUUCUUGAUUUUCACUAUCCAUUCUGUUUUCAGUUGCUGAUCAGUCCAAAAGCAGUAAAAUAACAAAGAUUUAUCUGAUGCCCUGUUUUUUAAAUGACUUGCACUGCUGGAACGCUGCCGAACAACAUUUUAGUAGCGUUUCUUCUUCCCACCCUGUGUGUGACAUCAGAGGAAAAUGGCCACCGUGUGAAUAUGUUUAAAAUGUAAAGGAAUAGUCAAUGUUACAGUCUAUGGUUUGCAUCAAUACGAGCGUCAAUCUGUUGUCGUCUAACACCAUGAAGACUGUCAGAAAGUAACUACACAUUUUUCACAGCUGUCACAUUUACGUUUAUGGUCUCAUUUAAAAUAACCGAGCAGACUGAAAUUAAAACUGAGGCUUCUAUACUACCUAAAAAUCAAACUCUACCAAUCAGUGGAAAGAAAGAUUAUUUGUACAUUGAAUUUGCCUGUGACCCCUGCCGUGGGGUAGUUGUCAUUGUAGGCAUAGGGGUCAUUGUAGCAUGCUGCAGUAACAGCCAUUUAAAAAAAAAUGUCAACACCAAAGAUUCAUUGUGAGAUAUAAAACGUGUAAAACAAAGAAGAUUUUUUUUUCCCACUAAGAACAUUUUUUAUACAUUUACGGGGGAAUUUCAGCAUGAAGAGCUUUGUCCACAGGGGGGCACCAAUACUACACGACCGGAAAGUUCCUAACAGGAGCUUUAACUUCCCUACUGCUUCACAGAAUCUACAUAAAUAGGAAUCCAGGAUUUUUAGGAGGGCAAAAACUGUAUAGUGAUGGUUGAGCUGUGAAAAAAUUAUUUUGAUGUCCAAAUCUUAAUGUAUUUGACGCUCUCCUACAUCUUUGAAAAUAUUCAAGUGAUUUGUAUCCAUAGUAAAUACUGAAGCUCUGACACAGUGACAUUGUGACGUUAAACCUUAUAUACUGAUCUCCUGUUACUCAUAUCAUAACACUCCCAAUAGUUACUCGCCUACUGGCUUAGAUUGUGAAUAUAAUUUAUUCACCUUCAUUCCUGAUUAUUCUCUCUUCCAAAGAAGUCUUUAAAAAGUGUCUUUUAAAAUACACAUUGCCACUUGAGUAUUUGUGCAAUAUGAUGAGGUUAACUUGUAUUUAAUGUCUAUAUAAAGGUUGUUGUUUUUUUAUAUCAUGUUCAAUUCUUUUGUAAGUGAUGUAUGAUAUUCUUACUAUGAACUAUUUUCUUCUACCUGCUUUGUUCUUUAAAGUAUUCGGAGAACUGGGACAAUUCUUUUCAAGGCACUUAUAUAAAUACAUAAGGUUGUUAUAUAUGUUAUGUAUAGUAAUGUGUGUGUUUUAUUCUCCUGUAAAGAUUUCGGGCUCGGGUUGCAUCGUGGUCACAGUCAGUGCGUGACACAUCACACGUCAAACACAGCACUAGGGUUUGUUGUUUUUUUUUCUUCCUUUUGUUUGACAUUUGCCAUGAGAUUCCCCCGCUGUCCAAAAAACACAGCGCAUCUCUGCUGAUACUGACAUCCUGACAUUGUAUUGUCUGAAUGUCUCACUGCAGUGAAGUCUCCCAGCUAAAUAUUCAACGCUCACGAACCUGGUGUUCUCAGGAAACAUUUUUU